CCCUGUCUCUCUCUCGACUACUCGCAUUGCUUAGCAUUGUCAGAUUUCGAUGCGUACACCUUCUGUGUAUGCAGAUUUCGCAUACAUUGCCCGUCCCUGUCUCUCUCUCUUUCACUGAGAAAUUCGCCAUCAACGUCCAAGUAGAAGUGCUUUUGUUUUCUUUUCGCACGGUGUUUUUCUCUCUCCACCUGUCUUUGUCUGUGUCUCACCUCUGCUUUAGAGGCUCCUCCUGGGUUUCUGUGCUCUCUCAGUGAGAUUUCGCUUCAAGGAAAAGCAAGGUGAAAGAAAAGGAGGGAGAAUGGGGAUUUCCCAAGAGACCUGCAAUGUCUCACAAGCUCCAAACACUCCCUCAUCCUUUGGGCAUUACUGUUUCGAGCCUAAUGAGUUCAAGAAAGUGAGACCCAGUUUGAGGAACAUGAUUUGGGAUCUUGGAUUGUCCUGUUUUCUUCCCAAGAGUGGCCACAGCGAUGAGAAUGACGAUAAAGAUCAAAACUUGGAGCACAACAAGGCGUGGCUUCUCGCAGAAUCAGGAGGGUGUGGCGCCCGGUUGACCAGCGUUGACCCCCAGUCCGUUCACUCGUCCUUCAGGUUCAGCAUCUGCUCUCAGGUCGAGCUGGAGUCCAUGAACUUGAAUUCCUCCGAUGCUGCGACCAUUUUGAUGGUGAAUUUGGACAAUGGCUUGGAGAGUCAUGAGCAGGAGCAGAAAUGGAGGCGGAUUGAGACAUUGGAGAAGAGCAUCACUCCUCUUACCAAUACACUGAUCAGGUUCAGCUACAGCCAAAUUGUCUCUGCCACCCGAAAUUUCUCCAAAGGCAGGGUUCUGGGAAGAGGGGCUUUGAGCUACGUGUUCAGAGGCAGAACUGGGGUUUUGAGGACUUCUGUGGCUGUGAAACGUUUGGACAAAGAAGACAAGGAGUGUGCGAAGGCAUUUUGCAGAGAACUGAUGAUUGCAAGCUCCCUUCGCCACCCUAAUGUCGUUCCUUUAGUUGGGUUCUGCAUGGACUCCGAGGAGGGCUUCUUCUUGGUGUACAAGUAUGUCUCCGGCGGAAGUUUAGGGCGCCAUUUGCACGACAAGAAGAAAGGACUGAAGGGUCGUUCAACGCUUCCAUGGUCGAUGAGGUAUAAAGUUGCAGUUGGGAUUGCAGAAGCUAUAGCAUAUUUGCAUAGCGGUACAGAAAGAUGUGUUGUCCAUAGAGAUAUUAAACCUUCGAAUAUACUCCUUUCAGCCAACAAAAAACCCAAGCUGUGUGAUUUCGGACUUGCUACAUGGACACCAGCACCUUCAAUCCCUUUCCUGUGCAAGACUGUGAAAGGAACCUUUGGCUAUUUGGCACCUGAAUAUUUCCAGCACGGAAAGGUAUCGGACAAGAUGGAUGUCUACGCUUACGGAGUUGUCUUGUUGGAGUUAAUAACCGGUCGAAAACCAAUUGAAGCAAGAAGGCCGUCCGGAGAGGAGAACUUGGUGCUGUGGGCAAAGCCUCUCCUAAAUAAAGGCAUAGGAGCGAUAGAAGAGCUGGGCGAUCCGAGGCUGAGACGCACUUUGAAAAGCCACAAGCAAAUCGCUCGAAUGAUUCAAGCAGCUGCGGCAUGCAUAAUUAGCGAAGAAUCCCGGAGACCGGGCAUUGAAGAGGUCGCUGCUAUUCUAAGAGGGGACGACGAACCUAUUUUGGCCAGUAAAAAGAAGUCUGGCUUCCCAGGAAACGGAUUUGUAGUGGAUUAUCUCACACAACUGCAUCAGACCAAGAGCGAGAUGAACAAACACUUGGCCCUAGCUAUGCUUGGAGUUUCGGAGUUUGAGGACGACGAUUACUUCUGCUAUCAAUGACAUACAGUGCCAAGUCGCUACCUUUUUUAACCAUUUCUUUUGCUUUGCUUGAACUAGAGGUUUCUGUGGAGAUCGGAGUCGCAAAGAUUGCUGGAAAUAUGUAAAUUUUCGGAACUCUUCUGGUCCGAUUGCGUGUGUACAUAACUUCAAAGCUUGUAUUGAGAAACUGUGAAUCUGGUACAGAUUUUUUCAGUUAACAGUCCCGGAAAAAGAUUGAUAUGGUCAUGGAGGAUA